ACAACCUCAUAUUUAUUCCCCGCCCCCGCCUUCAACAUCGGCUGUCACCAAGACGUUUUGUUUCCUUCAUAAUCUUCGACUUCCACAAUGGCAACCAACGUAAAAAACGUCACCGAGUUCUCGUACGUGACUCUCAACGAGGGCGCAGAUGCUUUCGACGAGUCCAGCGACGCCGGCAAGGCCCUAGCGAAUGCCCUCGACACGGUCAUGAAGCAGCCUGGUGCUCAGCGCGUUUAUACCGGUCUUGAGAUUGAGGAUCCCUCAAGGUUGUGGCUGUUCCUGGACUGGGAGAGCGUUGAUCACCAUUUGGACUAUCGCAAGAGCGAGUUACAUGGACCGGUGAUUGACUCUCUCAAACCCCAUUGCGACUUUGCCAAAAGCAUCAACAAGCAUGUCGCCGUCAACCCUUUCCCCACUGAGGAUGUUCUGGACAAGACCCGGUCACCCGUGACUGAGGUUCUUCUCGCCUACUUCCCCUCAGACUACAGCGACGAUUCGCGGGCCGUCGCGAAAAGACGCCUAGAGGAGUUUGCCGGCAGAAGUCUCAAGAACUCUCCCGACUGGCGGGGCAUCAGCUACGGCUGGAGCGUGGAGAAUGACGUUCCAGUGAAGGGCGACGAGUCCAACUCCGGCGCCUUGCUAGUGGCAUUUAUCGGUUGGCCGAGUCUUGAGGCUCACCAGAAGUUUCGUGAGACGGAGGCUUUCAAGGAGAAUAUUGGCUUGCUAAGGGAGAUUCCGGGUUUGACAAAGUUGAGCGCUUUCCAUGUCAGCUGCGUUAGCCAAGCUGCCGAGGGAGCUCCGAAUUCCUACGAGGACCAUCACCAUGAUCAUGAGCACUCAGGUGGUUGUUGCUAAGUUGAAGGAUUUCAUGUAUCAGUAACUACGGACUAUCACACCAAUGAUGCGUUUGCCUCGGAGCCUACCGUAUCGACUCAGUGAAUUGGCACUGAAUCCUGCUCCCACUUAUUGCCUUCGGGGUUUUUUAUACCUAAUAAUUUAGGAAAUCUAAGCCUUAUAU